UCUAUCCUUGUCUCCCGCGCCGCGAACGCACAGACCGAGACGGACACACACCUUCAUCCGCCGGCCACUGCUGAACGCUUAUACCCGGAUUCGCAGCACCCUGGAUAUAGAAUAUACAUGCUAACCGCAUACAUGUACGCGUAGACUGCUGCAUUCCCGCGAUUCUCACGUCUUCACAAUCUCUCUCACGUUUACAUAAUCCUCUCGACGUCCGCGCGCAUCGUCCAUCUCGUCGAUCCUCGGGUUUUCCCUCGCCCGCGCGCCGUCAAGCUACCUGCACCAUUUCACGGCGCCACUUCACUGUCCUCGGAUGCUGGCAGCCGCGUCGGUAAUGGAACACACCGACGGCGGUUCCGCGGGACUCUCCCAGACCGCCGAUCCCGCGCCCAACGCGAUCGUCUUCCCCGGCUUCACCGCGAGCACCCAAGACCUCCACACCAAAGAUCCGCACUCGUCCGGCCUGCGCACCCUCACCCCCGACCUCUACACGCACGGCCUCAACUCGCGCGGCCGGUUUCUGAACGGCCUCGACCCGAGCGGCUUCAACUCGCGCGGCCCGUACACUCCCAAUCCACCAGCGCAAGAUCCACCGACGCCCUGUGUUCUCCGACCCGGCGGAUUCUUUCCGUCCUCCGGGCUGUCGCCCAUCAACUCGAGGCGGAAGACGAAGCGCUUCGUGACUAUUCCUCCGCUGUCGGAUGAGGCGGAGCCGACUUACGAGUACGUACAGCCGUCGAGAGUGCAGUACACCAACAGUUACCCCGGAACACCGGCCUACUCGAGGCGAACCAACCGGCGCACACUCAUCAACGCGCAAUCGCCGAAGACGGAGGUCACCCGUAACGGCGCCUCUCGGAGGGAAAGGCUGAGACCGUACACGUUGGAGCCACCGCCCCACGCGCAGCGCUUCCCGAAGUCCGUGGUCUGCUCGCCGGCACAUGCCGUCGGAUACUCGGCGCGCGCGAGACUGUUGGGGUCGACGUCGGAGUGCUGCGACUUCUUCCCCUGGAAAGGAAACCACAAGGAGGACCGGGUGACCGACAUCCAGGCACGGAAUGGACUGUACGACAAACUUUUAGUAGGCAAGCACAAUACUGAGCAAGCUUCCGCCCGAGCGUCACUGGCGCCGUACUUCCGGCAGCGGACAGGUCUGCAAACACUGUCGGCCCUGUACCUGACCAUCAUGACCAAACGUCAGGUGUACAGCACGGUGGUCAUACCGUCAACAUUCAAGCCUCCGCCCCGAGUAACGCUACCGGAGAACAAGCGGCAGGCAUGGCUGCGCGAUCUCGCGAAUCCCGCCAUACCUCUGCGGAAGCUAUCUCGGACCAUACCUCACGGUUUGAAGGGCCCUUCGCUGCUCGAUCAAUGUGCCUCCAAGAAGAUCCCCACUUCUCGGGCGGUAUGGUUUGUCCGGUGUGUCGGAGCCAACGAACUCCGAGGAUUGAGGCGGAGGGGCGUGGGGUCGCUGGCGGUGGGGGGUGAGGCGAAAUGGAUCCGGGAAUGGACCGUCCAAGUAACACAGUUCCUGGAGAAGACGAUCGGGGCGUGCGAUGUUAUCGACGAUAACCUUUGGCGGCCUCGGAUGGUAUACUCCAUACGUCUGGUCGUUCAUCUUUACGCGGAACUCUUGCUUGACCGGGCACUCUUUCUGGAGUGGUUCCUUUCGUUUUUUGCUUCCUGCUCGCUGGACGUACUACCUCUAGCUUUCCCUAUAGCUACUGCGUUCUGGGAUGACCUCAUGAAACUGAGACGGUUUGCGAAACGAUUUGCUGAAAUCUUGCUUGUUAAGGCCGAGGAGGCUGAAGCCCGGCGUUUCGACGAAUCGUACAUGAUACCGCUGCUACGGCGACUUUCCGUUAUGGCUUCUAACAUCCUCCUUUCCCACCGGGAAUCGAUCAUAGGAUUCAAUCGGCUCCGGGGAGUCCCGGCUUUGGUGGAUUGCAGCAUCAGCGGCAUCGAUGAAUGCUUGCGGAAUGUGACCCUACGCAACAGAUACUUCGAUGGGUUGGAGAAGCUCCCAGCCACGGCAUCCGGUCGACAGAAGGCAGUGGUGUUCUUGGACAACAUCAAGACGCCGUUCGACACUCACGCGAUAUACACACAUCUUGUUGCUCUGUUAUCGAGCACCGAGCUUGUUCCCUUCAUACUCGAAUGGGCUGUCACACCACUCAGAACUGGGACUCACAGGGUGCACAUAGCGGCCAAUUUGCUGCGAUUCGCGUCGACGGACGGAGUGCAAAUACAAAUCGCGAUCCAGGAAUUCCUACUCAAGUUGGAUGUCCACACAAAGGUCAAGAAGUAUGAUGUUUACCUUCUAGUUGCGGAACUGGUACGGACAGGCUACUUCUCGGUCGCCUUUUACAUGCGAUGGCUCAUCGCCAAAGGGGGCCUUUCCAAGGUGGCAGUGUUGGACGAGAGCUGCCCGUGCUACCUGCGGCUGUUGGCUGAGAUUCCCGUACAUCUGACCGCACCGCCGCUGAGGAACUUGCGCAGGAUCUUGCUGAGCGAACGCUCGUUCGACUGUCAGGAAGAGGACGAUGCGGCGGCAGAGGUCAUGGAGAUAAUUUCUAGUCGCGGAGUGUUUCAGAUGUCGGGUCUCCUACAGAAUGGCCAUAGGGGUUCCCGCUACAUGACGUUGAAACCGAACGAGCUCAAGAAGAUCCGCGGCCUGACGCGGGCUUCUAAAUCCGUGGUGGGGAUGUGGAUCAAAUCAAACCUUCUGAUGCUUGUGACGGAGCAGCAGCGAUAUGCUCGAGACAGCUGGCGUGGCAAAGUUUCUGCCAUUGAGCCGAGUGUGAACGUGUUGUCGACGGCGCAGGUGGCUUUCAUUCGACAGGUCUUGGAGGAAAUCGGCGAUAUCGCGGUUUUGGUCGAGGUAAUCCACAUCUUGGUCGGCUCUGACAACGCAGCCAUCCUUGCCAUGACUGCCGAGACCAUCAAUUUCAAUCUCGAGGCAAUUUCUGCGCUCCACCCAGUUGAGGAUUUGGAGCGGAAAUUGUUCCAGGGGUUCAAGAAGCUGCAGUCGCGAAGAGCGCCUACCAACAGACAUUUCCUGGCUUCCUUUCUGGAGCUGCUAUCCGUCACUGGGACCGAAGGUGGUAUGCGGUUCGACUUGCAACAUGCGCUCGCUUCGUAUGACGUGCAACAUCCUCGAGCUACGGUUGAACAGUCUCUAGAGUCCGGAUUCAUGGACAUCGGCAUGGCCGACGACGAAGAGAUUGAUCGGCUGUGGAAGAGUCGUGCGGUCAUUGACAAGCCGAACAUGUCUCGGAUCUUUGAAACCACCGUUUUCUCGCUGGAGGCCUCGUUCAGUGAUCCGGAGAAACAGCAGCUGCACAUCUGCUCUGCGACCAGGGGCUUGUUGAAGCUGAGAUCUUUCGACGCGAGCUUCUUCGAUGAGCUUUUGCGGCGCUGGAUAACCCGCAUGAAAACAUGCCACAACCGGAUACCGCUGUUUCGAGCUCUCUCGAGCAUGGUUGCUGGAUCCUGUCUCAGGAUUGAGAUGUUGGUCGGCAUCGCGUUGACGAUGCUCUUGCAGAAACGCGACGAGGUAUGUUUUCAUUCUCUAUCCGACUUUUCGCCACAGCUUAUGGUCGAGUUCCAGUCGGUAAAUGCUUUCGACGCCGGUAUGUUUCUCGCCAUGGUUCUCGAACUGAUCGUCCACGAAAAUCCCUUUGCAACCCUGCUUUCCGCCCAGGACAUGUACACCCUCAAACGCCGGCGCAAAUCGUUCAUUGCGACUUCCGCACACCUCUUGUUGGCGAUGUUCCGCGAUGUCAUCGUUCUCUGCACAACGUCGCAAUCCGAGGAGUUGCACCGAUACACACUCCGUCUGCUGUCUUCGGUUUCUUCCCUCGAGGUUCUGAGGAAGCUGGUGGUACAGAAACCGGAUCUCCUGAGGACACAGCUCGUUGAGCCUCUCUUACAACCUACACAUCUAUGGUGGCUACAGCUACUUUUAGAUAACCUCUUAGACGACAACGAUUGCAAUGACGAUAAUGCGGAGGUCGAUGCCCACGUACAAGUGGGCCGACUCCUCGAUCUGGCAAAUGAUUUCUCCAUAGGACUCUGCAAACUGAAGCUGCGGAUCAUACUGAAAGCGGAGCUCAUCGAUUCCACGUCCUUCGGCGGCCCCGAUCUGAAAUCUGGGGCACGCGUCUCGAAUACGAUCGCCAGGCCAUUUAUUAGGGGUAUAGCCUCGGCAUCCAGCUCCAGACGCAGGACUUGUACCGAACUCGUGACGGUGCUCGACAAAGACAGGGCUGCUCAGAUUCGGGCCGACGUCGAAGAGUUAUUCCUGGAUUGGAGAACCUUUUUUUGCACGCCCAGGCUGGUAGAAACACUCGACUUGCCUCUUGCCCACACCCACGCCACGGGCGAGUCGCUCGCGCAUGCUUUCCUCUCGAUCGUGCAAUCUACGGUCUCCUGUAAGGCGGUCGAGCGCGAAUACAUGUCGUCUCUGCUCAUCGAGCGGAUGUACAAGCUGCUGCUCAUCCUAUCGUCAACGCGCGACGAAGAUACGCUCGGAGUGUCGUGGUGGAAUCACGAAUCCUACGGAGAAUUCCGUUGCUGGUUUGUGCUCUUCAUGACGUUCUUGACGAUACAUCGGGUCUCCUUCGUCCCGGGAAAGGUAACUUCGUCGACGGACCAAGCGCGCAUGCUCAGGAAAUUGUGUAUCCUACUCAAGCAUGAGGUUAUACGAAAGGACGAAGCAUAUUUCGAGCUGGUGCUUUCACUUGCUGAGAGCUUUUGCGAUGGACUUCCGGAAGAAACCCGGCUACAGCUCAAGCGCGAGAACAAGGGAAAGCGUGUGCCGAUGUCGUCGUUCCUGACCGGAGCUGACGAGGGCGCAGAAACCCUCAAGGCGCUGCAGAGAGGGCGACUGACCGAGUUCUCGGUCAAGCCGUGGGAGCGUCUGGCUGAACCCACGCCAAACAUCGGCGAGAACGAUGUCAGCAUCAGUUUGGUGUUGUUCAGGACUAGGAGGUUUUAGAUUCAAUAGGGUGGGUGGGUUGGUCGGUGGGCUGUCGGUUGGUCGGUUGAGGAGGAUACUCAGUUUUUUCUUUGAUUCGUUUCUUUUUUCUCAUAGGGAUGGUUGGAUAUAUACCCGGCAUGAUGUGUAUGUACUUUUAUGCGUGUAUUCAUAGAAAGUAGAGCGUUGGUUGGGUUGUAGAAUGAUGGUUGUUCCGGUUUGUCGAAC